AACGCGGGCGAGUUCGUUACGAGGUAACGGCCAUGGCUCGCCCACUGCUCCCAGCCCGUAUGUGGAACGGAAGCUAGCCACGGAGGAGCACGCGCGGCACCACCACCCAAUGCCAGGGUAGGUAAGGACGACCCCGUCCAGGAACGGCAGCGCGCGCGCGCGGCAAUGGCGUACCGUCGUAAGCAGGGCAUGCAGCGAUCGGCCACCUUCGUCGAGGACCACCGCCAUCCGUCUCCGGGCGACUCGGCGUCGCCGGCCACGGCGUCCCCGCGCGCCACCCGCUUCGCCGACGAUGGCCGCCGGCCUGACCACCGCACCCUGGCCGCGCAGACCCUGGUCGCCUCCGCGGCGCGUGGGGACGUGCCGGCCCUCGCCGAGCGGUUCCCCGCCCCAGCCUCCUCCUCGUCCCCGCGGGGAAGACAUGAGUUGUCUCCUAGGGGAAGACAUGAGUUGUCACCGCGGGGAAGACAUGAGUUGUCACCUAGGGGAAGACAUGAGGUCUCCCCUCGGGGAAGGCAUGAGCUAUCACCUCACGGUAGACAGGUGUCCCCGCUCGCCGGCCGGCCGGGCGAUCCGGCGGCAUUCACGUCGUCGCCGCGAGCAUCACCGCGCGCCGGCCGGUCCAAUGAUCCUUUCGGGCAGGACCCUGUCACCAUGAUGUACACAUCCACGAGCGGCACGAACAACGACGAUUCCAAGCGUUCGCCGUUGAAGAGAGACGAGGCGAAGCAAGGGCUGUGGGGACUCUUGGCGCAGCAAGCCAAGGUCAUGCUCGACGAGACUGGCAGCCCCACGGAGGGCGCCAGAAAUCUGGCCGUGGCCACAUCAGGAGGCGCUCAGCAAUCCCAAUCUCGGUGGUCCUACGACCGUGUCCGGAAGUCGGAGAGCCCCACGUUCCAAGAAGGGGGCAAGCUAGACAUUGGAGGGCACAUCAAGCAUGCACUCGAGGAGGGCCUUCAUGCGACGAUGGUGGAGAACAGGACGACGGCGGCGGGGAGGAAGCUGCAGGUCAGGAGGAAGACGUGCAGCAUGGACAUGCGGAACGCCAACAUGAACCUGUCCACCCCAGAGGUCAUGUCGCCGAUGAUGACCGAUUUCGAGUCGCCCCAGAUCAAAGCAUCUCGCGACGUAGCGAACGUGAUGGCGGCCAAGGUGAAGCUGCUCCAGCGGGAGCUCAAGACGGUCAAGGCCGACAUGGCAUUCUCCAAGGAGCGGUGCGCGCAGCUGGAGGAGGAGAACCGCCUGCUCCGGGAAGGCAACCAUGACGCCGACGAGGACAUGAUACGGCAGCAGCUGGAGACGUUGCUGGCGGAGAAGGCGCGGCUGGCCAACGAGAACACGGUGUACGCCAGGGAGAACCGGUUCCUGCGGGAGAUCGUCGACCUCCACCAGCUCAGCAUGCAGGACGUGGUCAGCCUCCAGGAAGACAUCAUCGAGGAAGAAGACGAGGAGGAGGACGACGAUGACACCGACCAGCUGAUCUCAUCGCCGUUAUGUUUGGUGCAGGAAGAGCCAGAGCACGACACGCCGGACACACCGGGCACUGCCCCUCCGCAGUCACCAUGUCAUCACGCCGAGAACGUUCCAGCCGCUGCCCCUCAUGCUCCCUGCCAUCAAUCCGACAACGUUCCAGCUGCUGCCCCUAAUGCUCCCAGCCAUCACGCCGACAAUGUCCCAGCUGCUGCCCCCCAUACUCCCUCUCGUCGCACCACCGACGAUGUGCCGGCGUCGAGGACAGGAGACAGCCACGACGCCACCAUCCAUGUUUCUCAGUCUCCCGUGCAACGAAACCCCCAAGAAGACGGUAGUUCGCUGCAGAUGACCAGAGAUAAUUGUUCACCAGAGAAAGGCACACGAUGAAUGACGAACGGCCUUUGGUACUUGUUGAAACAAGGACGUACACAUCUAGGGAAUACAACCUGUCUCGUUUUUUUCUCAGUGUAAUUACUAGUCCGUCUGGUCAGGGUGAGAACAAACCAAUGAACUCUUUAAUUUGAGCAUAACAUCCAUGUUUAUGA